UCAUGAGUGAAAUUAAUCAAUAAAAAAAGCAUGAGGAAUUAGAAUUGACUUCACAAUAAAAAGAUAGUGCAACCAAUAAUUAAAUGCUUACUGUUUUAAAUGAUUAAUAAGAUGAGUAAUAACAAGAAUAAUAACCAUUAAAUCAUUAGUAAGGAUAAGAUGAACCUUCAAUGGUUUCAAUUCCUGAAGAAGAAGAAGAAAUGUUUUACCCUUACUAUCAUGGUUAGAACAAUUGGUUCAUUUCUAAGUUGGCUUUUUUACAUUUGACAUAAUACUAAUUAUUUUUAAAGAAACAUUUAUUAGAUAAAGGACAUAAAAUUACAUAGAAACAUUUACCAAAAUUAUCACCUUGGGAAGAUUUAAAAGAAACAGUUAAAUAAAGUUAAAAUACAGUAAAAUAAAAAAAGAACAUUACUUGUGGGGAUUUGGUAAAAAUAACAUUUUUUGGUUAAUUAAAAUGGAUAACUUUAACAUGCUUUUUUGCAUAUUUUAUGGAAGCAAUUAUAAGAAAUGGAAUAUCAAUUGUAAUGAGUAAAGUGAUUACAAGUGCUGGAGAAAAUGAAAAAGAUAAUGCAUAUGGAUAUGCUACUUUAUUAGUAUUUUUAAAUUUACUUUGUGUUUUUACAAGACAUCAUGGUUAUAAUUUAUCUAUGGUUUUUUCAUCAAAAGCAAGAAUGACUCUUAUUAAUUUAGUAUACAUAAAAUUAACUGAAUUAAGUGCUUAUUCUAUAAAAGAAGCUAAUAUAGGUAAAAUUUUAAAUUUGAUUUCUGGUGAUAUUAAUUAUCUUGAAUUUGUUCUAAUUAUGAUAUUCUAAAGUAGUGUAUGUUUCGUUUCUAUAAUAUUUGGAUCAUAUAUUCUAUGGGAUAGAUUUAAUGGUCCAAUUGGUAUGAUCUCACUUGCUAUUAUAUUUAUAGCAUAUCCUAUUUAAAUAGUACUUUAAUCCUUUAAUUCAGAAACACUUAAGACUUCUAAAUAAUAUUAAGAUUAAAGAUUAAAACUAACUAAUGAACUUAUUGAAGGUAUAAGACUUAUUAAAAUGUAUGCAUGGGAAUAAGCAUUUCAUAAGAUGAUAUCUAUUAUGAGAAAGAAGGAAUAUAUUUGUUUAUUGAAAAUCAGCUUUAGAUCAGUUUUUGAUAGAUUAUUUAGUUUAAUUUCUUAAGUUUGGUCUAGUUUUGUAUUUUUUGUUAUUUUAUAUUAUGGAGGCUAUAGAAAAACUAUGAGUGUUGCUGAAAUGAUUUCAACUAUUUAAUUACUUACAUUUUUUAAGAUAAGUUGUGUUUUUAUGGUUUCCUAUGGUAUUUAAUCUGUAAUCCAUAUUAAGGUAUCAUUUACAAGAAUGGCAACUAUUUUAAAUAUUCAAAAUUCAGAAAUGACAAAUUUAGAUAAAAUUCAAUUAAAAACAGAUAAUAAUAAUUAAUCAUAAAACAUAAAUGAUCGAAGAAUUUAACUUAAAAAUUUUACUUCAUUUUGGACAAGCAAAGUUACUGAAACUACAAAACCAGUACUUAAAAAUUUAACAAUUGAUAUUUAAGCAGGAGAAGCUUGGGCAUUUAUUGGAAAAGUUGGUUGUGGAAAGUCAACUCUUCUUAGUGCUUUUUUAUUUGAGAUUCCUGCAUAUAGAGGUUCAUUUAAAAUUGAUGGUUAAGAAGCAAAUAAAGGAAAAUUAGUUAUAGCAUAUGUUGAAUAAGAACCUUUUAUAUUUCCAGAUACUAUAAGAAGAAAUAUCUUAUUUGGUAGACCAUAUGAUAAAGUUUUGUAUAGAAUCAACUAUUUUUAUAAAAUUAAUUAAUUUAUAAAUAUCAUAAGAAAGUUUAGUUUUUCUAUAUUAAAAAGUGUUGCAUGCUUCUUAAUUAGAAACAGAUUUAUCUUUGAUGAAAUUUUAAGAUCAUACUGAAAUUGGAGAAAGAGGUACAACUCUUUCUGGUGGUUAGAAAGCUCGUUUAUCCUUGGCUAGAGCUUUAUAUUAAUAAGCAGAUUUAUAUUUAUUUGAUGAUCCUUUGUCUGCUGUUGAUGCAAAUGUAGCCAAAAAUAUAUUUCAUAUGGCUAUCAAAGAAUUCAUAUUUGAUUUUUAAGUAUAGAGAAAUCCAUCAAAGAGAAAACCAAUUGUUAUUUUGGUUACUCAUUAAGUUUAAUAUGCUGUAGAAUGUGAUAAAAUAGCAAUAUUAAAUGAUGGAGAAUUAAUAGCUUAAGGUUCCUAUGAUGAUAUCAAAUAGAGUCUUUAUAUGAUAAAUGAUGAAUUAGCUUUAUAGUUAAAUAACACUAAAGAAAUAAAAAAAUAAGAAUUUGUAAAACCAUCAUUUUAGAAAAGAGUAAAAGUUAGAAAUUCAGUUGCUAAUAAUCUAAUAGGAAAAGAGGCUGAUUAACAAUCAUUAAUUACUCUUAAAACUUAUUUUAGAUAUUAUCAAUUUUGGAAUAUAAUAGUCAUUAUUUGUGUUUUAUGUUUAGAAGCUGGUUCUGAAGUAAUUAAUAACUUUUAUUAAAGAAUUAUUUCACUUUUUGAAGAAUAUUAAAAAGAAAAUGAUAUAGAUACUGCUUAUUAUCUUUUAGGAAUGUUAACAUUAGCACUUUUCCUUACUAAUAUGAUGAAAUAUAUAUUAAAUACAUAUUCAGUUUAAUCAUCCACUUAAACAAUACAUUAAUAAAUGCUUAAAUCUAUAAUAUUAGCACCAAUUUCAUAUUUUGAUGUUAAUCCAUCUGGUAGAAUUAUCAAUAGAUUUUCAAAUGAUUUAUCUUUAUGUGAUAAUUAAACGAAUACUGUUAGUUUAGAUGUUUUGGAAAUUAUUGGUAAUUUCUUAUUUGCAUUAAUAACUUUGGCUAUAUUAUAACCAUACUUUUUAAUUAUGAUUAUUUUUAUUAUCACUAUUGAUUUUUAUUAGUUUAGUUAUUCAAAGAAGAUCAUUAGUUAACUUAAAGAAGUAGAAUUAAUGUAAAGAAGCCCUUUAUUUGAUUUUCUAAAGAAAACUUUAGGAGGUGUCAUUUAGGUUAGAGUCUAUGAAUAAUAAGAUUGGUUUAGAAAAUAGUUUUUAGAUAUAUCUAAUAAAUGUAAUCUUAAUUCACUUACAUAUUAUUAUUCUUCAAGAUCAUUUGGCUUUAAUUUAGAUCUUGUAGGAUUUAUAGCUUAGACAGUUGGUAUAUAUAUAUUUGUAAAAUUAAAUUAUGAUAACGUUGCAAUAUUAUCAUAAGGAUUAUUACUUUUGACUACUUAUAAUGAUGCUUUAUAAUGGGGAUUAAGACAAUUAAUUACUUUUGAAACUUAAAUGAAUUCAUAUAAUAGAAUGUUUUAAGUUAUUGAUAUACUACCAGAAGCUCCUCAUUUUACAAAAGAAGAUGAAAAACAUCCAGAUUUUCCAAAAGAUGGUAGAGUUAAAUUUGAAAAUGUAUUUAUGAGAUACAGAUAAAAUUGUGAUUUAGUAUUAAAAGGAUUAUCAUUUGAGAUUUAAAGUGGUGAAAAGAUUGGUUGUGUUGGAAGAACAGGUGCAGGAAAGUCUUCUAUUUUAUAAGUUAUUUUUAGAAUGUCUGAAAUUGAAAAUGAUCAAGAAUCAAAAUUAUUAAUUUCAGAUUUAGAGAUUAGAAAAUUAGGAUUACAUAAAUUAAGAAGUAAUAUUGGAAUUAUUCCUUAAUCACCUUUUUUAUUUACAGGAACUAUUAGACGAAAUUUAGAUCCAUUUGAAAAUUAUACUGAUGAAUAAUUAUGGAAGGCUUUAGAAUAAACAGAUCUCAUAAAUCAUGUUAAAGCAUUUUCAAGUGGUCUUUUAACAGAUAUGAGUGAUGUUAAUUCUGUAUUUUCUGUUGGUUAAAAAUAAUUAAUUUGUUUAGCUAGAAUCAUUUUAUAAUAAAGAAAAAUUAUUGUUUUAGAUGAGGCAACUGCUAAUGUUGAUAUGAAAACAGAUGAUUUUAUAUAAGAAACAUUAAAAAAGAAAUUUAAAGAUUGUACUUUAAUAACUAUUGCACAUAGAUUAAAUACAAUUGCUGAUUAUGAUAAAGUAAUGGUUGUAAGUGAAGGAUAAGUCAUUGAAUUUGAUACUCCAUUUAAUUUAUUAGCUAAUUCAAUUAAUUCUGUGUCUGUAGAUAAAUCAACAGAGUUUUCCAGAUUGGUUAAAAACACUGGUGAUUAAAAUUCUUAAGCCAUUUUUGAUAUUGCUAAAUAAAAGCAAAUCAGAAUGUGA